AUUCAGUCGCUCGCCACUUUUCGAAGGACACGGUCGUUGUCGUCGGAAUCGGAGGACUUCCAACCGUCGGAAGGAUAUUCGUUAUCCAGUCACUGUGGGUGUAUGAGUUCGUCGUCAGUUUCGCCCGAAAAGGAAAUUCGCGAAAUUCUCCGUCCAUGUCCUCGUUGACAAAAAAAAAAAAAAAAACAGCAACAACAACGAUCUGAGUUGCAACCAAACCGCAAAACCGAAUCAUUAAUAAAGAAAAGCCCAGCCGUCGACAUUAUUGUUUCGCGGUCCCCGUCUCCGCACGUUGACAGGCUUUAAUGGGGCAUUAAGUGCUCCAACCAUACAGUGUCCGUCAUACAUGCAUGUAUGCUAAACCAAACAGUGCACAAAUUGAAAACCAAAGAAAUCACCCAAACACACACACAGAGAACACCCUCAGUCCUGUGUUCAAUUGGGCCGCUAAAAGGAUUAAGCCACCGGAUCAGGCCGAGUCGUGUCGUCCUGACAGGCGUAAAGCUGAUUGCCAGCCGGAUGAUAUAAAAGAUCUGCACUUUAACGGAGGAAGCCGGACGGAAGAGAGCCAGCAGGAGAGACCUGCACAAAGUGACAGGCGAUAGCCACACAACAAGGUACCGGACACGAAAGGAUAUUGGGAGAGGAGGACAGCCGGGCCAGUUGACAGGAGCUCAGCCAAUAAAAGCCAACUUAGCUCAGUCUGGACCAAAUUCGGACAUGUAGCAACUCCAGAAGCAACCGCAGCAAAACAAAACUGCAAAGUUGGGCUGCCACAGAGUGGCAAGCGGAAAAAGGAGAGCCAGGACGACCAGGACUGCCAGGACAGCCGGCGGAAGCAGAGGCUGAAAGUUCCCAAAUUCAGCAGACAGACCUCCGCCCUUUGAAGCCGGAACAGUGAGCAGUUACCAGUUACCAGUCGGAAUUUGAUUUUAACGCUUCUCUGUGAGUUUGGGGUCUGUGCCUCUGUUUGUGGCAGAAACAACCGUCGCCAGAAUUCAAAUCUGCAACAGGGGGAAGUCUGCCGCCCUGAAAGAGUCAACUUGAAGGCGACGCAUCAAUGGCCACACAUUGAGAUUGGCAGUGGCACAGGAUAACUGGCAACAGGACGAAGUGGAGCUGUGGAAAUGUUCGCCACUUGCGGCGACACAUGCUCUGACAAUUUAUUAACCCCGCACAGCACCCACUAGGCCAUCCUCAAACCGCCACCCGCCAUGGGUCACUCUGUACCCCCAGCACCGCCGUCACUGCCUCUGUGGCUCCUCUUCCUGACCAUUUCCACUUGGCGGACGCCCUCCGUCAGCGGCUAUCUGAACAUUUUCAUCAGCCACCACGAGGUGAUGAAACUGAUGGGACUCGAGGCGGACCUCUUCUACGUGCACGAGGGAGCCAUCAACACAUACGCGAUGCACUUCACCGUCCCCGUGCCCGCGGACAUCCACGAAUUGGAGUUCUCCUGGCAGAGUCUCAUCGCCUACCCGCUACCCUACUCCAUCAGCAUCGAGUACAACACCGACCAGGAGGCCUUGGGCACGCCCACGCUGAGCAUCCCGCACAAGGGCCUGGUGCCGCAGGAGAUCGAGUCCUUCCUGGUGUACCUGCCCUGCACGGGCAACGCCACCCUCCAGCUGCCCGUCAACGUCAACAUGGUGGUGCGGGGACCCCCGCGCUUCAACGACACCCGGCUCCACUUCAAGCGCAACAAGAUCUGUGCGAAAGGCAUCUCACCUGAGCCCAAUCAGUCGCCCGCCCCCGCUCACGCCCCCUCCCAGGGCCCCGCCCUCCUGAGUGCCGCCGCCUGUGCCCUGGGACUGGUGUUGGCCGUCGGCCUGGUGGCCAGCAUGAUGUACGUGAAGGCGCGCAAGCAGCUCCGCCAGGACUCGCUCCACACCAGCUUCACUACCGCGGCCUACGGCAGCCACCAGAAUGUGUUCAUCCGCCUGGAUCCGCUGGGCAGGCCGCCGAGCGCCACAGGAUCCUAUGCCACCAUCGCCAGCCUCAACAAAUACCCGUCGGAGAGCAAGAAGUCCUGCAGCAUAUUCGACCGUUUCAGGAGCUCGCCCACGCCCACACCCUAUGCCACCGCCCUGCUGCCCAUGAACCACGACCAGGCCGCCGAGACGAUUUACUCGAAACCAGAGUCGAUCUGUCCCUCGAGGAUUUCCUACUACGCCUCCUCGCAACUGACUCAGGCCUGCAGUCUGUCGACCCCAAAAAGCAGUCGUGGCAACGGCACAGCCACUAUUGGCAGUGGAACUUUAAGCCUCUUUGGCGGCAUCACUGGAAGCACCAUAACUGUUGGCAGCCACGGGGAGAAGACCAAGGAGCGCCUCCGACGAAUCCCCAGCGUCCAGCCAGGAGCACUCAGCUACGAGGAACUGGUCAAGGAGGGAACCUUUGGCCGCAUCUAUGCCGGCAAACUGGGCGAGUCCUGUGAUGCCCUGGUUAAGACGGUGGUCGAUGGGGCAUCGCUCACCCAAGUGGCCUGCCUGCUGCAGGACGCCUCACUCCUGAUUGGGGUUAGCCACCAGCAUAUCCUGGCGCCACUUCUGGCCAACACAGAACUGCCAGGUCCGCCAGAGAUUGCUUACCCCUAUCCGUCCAAGGGAAAUUUAAAAAUUUAUCUGCAAAAGUCGCGGGAAUCAAGCACCGCCCUAAGUACCCGGCAGUUGGUUGAAUUUGGUCUCCACAUUACCAAAGGACUGUCCUACCUACACUCCCUGGGAAUCGUUCACAAGGACAUUGCCACACGCAAUUGCUAUCUGGACGAGGAGGCAUACGUGAAGAUCUGCGAUGGAGCCCUGUCGCGGGAUCUAUUUCCGGAUGAUUACGACUGCCUGGGGGACAACGAGAACCGGCCUCUGAAGUGGCUCUCCCUGGAAUCGCUGCAGAAGCGGGUCUACGCCACCCAGGGAGAUGUGUGGGCGCUGGGAGUGACCUAUUGGGAGCUGGUCACACUGGCCCAGAUGCCCCACGAGGAAGUAGACAUAUUCGAGCUUACUAAUUACUUGGCCGCUGGCUUCCGGCUAGAGCAGCCAGUCAAUUGUCCAGAUGAAUUCUUCACCGUUAUGAAUUGCUGCUGGCACAGUGAAGCCAAACAAAGACCGACACCCUCGCAAUUGCUUUCGUAUCUGCAGGACUUUCAUGCGGACCUGGGGAUGUAUAUCUAAGUGAGAGAGGGCCUGGACUGACAAGGAUAUAAAUGCAAGGACGAGGGCAGCGAAGCCCAAGAUAAAUUAAUUGAAACUUUUGCAUUUUAAAUGUGAGAUUAAAUGUGAAUUUACCUGUUAGAGUUCAGCGCAAAAAGCUAAUUGAAAUAAAAGCCAUCUAACUUCAGAUACGUAAGCAACACACACAGAUACACAACAAAAACACACACACACAGUACACGCACAAAAACUGCCAUCAAAAAUAAACGAGAUGUAAAUACAUAAAUAAUGAAAGCAAAGGUCACAGGGCGUAUGAUUGAUGCGUAUGAGUGAUAUGCACAAGAAUUCGACUAGAGUGGUUAAGGUCCACCCCAAAACAACCACUUCAAACUGCAAGCCCCAAACCAAACUACGGCUGGUAGUUAUCAAUUUUCAACCCGAUGAUAUGACGCAGAUGGGUUCAAUUUACGAUAAAACUGAGCAUUUAAGUAGCUAGCAAUUGAAUAACAGACACUGUCAAGGAUAUGGCACACACAUUCACACCAAAACUCACACCUAAGAUACAUAACAUACACAACCACAACCAUAAAUGAUAAAUGAAUGUGAAAUUAUUGAUGUGCAUAUUUUAUUGAAUGUGUGUAUAUUGUGUAAGCAAACAGGACGACGAAGGAGUCAAGGAUUGAAAAUGCCUGGAAAUAGUUGUAGUAGCUGAGGAGAGGCGGGGUAAAUGGCGACAACAGGAUGCAGAAUCUUUUGUUCUCAAAUGUUGUCCUCGAUUGUUACGAAAGCGAUAUAUUUAUUUACCUUGAUUAUUAUUAUGAUUAUUAUUAUAACUAUUGCGUAUUGAGAUAAGGGAGGAAGUUCAAAACAGAAUCUGAAUCAGGUGAAAAUGAAAAACAAAAACAA